UACGAAUUCUGCAUGGCGCGGUGCGUCAAAGGAGAGUACAUCUGUGGAUACAUACAGCGGAACCGAAACAAAAGCAUGAAUGUGAAGGAGCUAAUGAAUCACAUACGAUCGCAUCAUGGGCUCUACGAAAGUGUCGCUGCCGAGUUCCCUCAUCUGAAGCCGAAUGGGACAGCUGCUGAUGUCAGUCAGCAAUCCACCGAGGAAACCAACAACCAUGACACACUGUCAACCGAAGAAUCACCGCCUGGCAGGAACAAUGCUUCACAGAGUCGCACCAGGACACCAAGCACAAGAAGCUCAGAAGGCAGCAGCAGCUCACACCCCACGACGCCACCACGACGAACACAAGCGUCUCGAAGCUCCAGCACUUCCACCACUGGCAUCACCACCAUUCCUACACCGCCACCAUCCAGCGAAAAAACUGCCAUGACAAGGCGAGCGAACGGUCAAUCCCCCCGGGCAAGCUCGGAACCUCUACCAAGCAGUCCCGCUUCAUUGGAGACCUCAACAACAGCUCAGCUCCGGUCGCGACGCAAGGACCGCAAUACAGGAUCAACCAUCACCAAGCCUGAUAGCUCAACAGCGGAAGAGAGUACUGAGACACCAGGUGAUAAACAGGCUAGGAGGAAUGGCAUGGGGUUGAACCUCAACAAAAAAGGCAAAGAGUCUGUUAGUCCAAAAAAUCUAGCAAGCGCUUCAAAUGCGAACAUCCAGCAAACAACAAACGAUGCCGGCACCCAACCUUCCACAAAUCAACCUGAGUCAUCCUUACUUACGCAAAUAACAGACCUUGAGGCAAAGCUAUCUGAGCUAAGCGUGGAGUUUUCCGAUAAAUUCCACGCGCUACAAACUGAGAUUGAGCGUUUGAAGAGUUCGCACCGCCAUGCUAUGCGUCCGUAAUGUUAACAUUGAAGAAGAUCAGACGUGAUGAGGCAGUGUGCAGAUAUCUAUUAGCUCAUCGCAUGAGCCGUUCUUUGUCAAGUGUAUCUAUACGCCUUAUAGUACAGUUGCUGAUCAGACGUGAUGAUCAGUGUGCAGAUAUCUAUUAGGUCACCGCAUGAGACGUUCUUUGUCAAAUGUAUCUAUACGUCUUAUAGUACAGUUGCUGAAUCAGAAGAGAAAGCAGUUCUUUGUUUACAAUUAUGAUGCCUUGUCGAAUGCACACAGAAACCAUGAGUACCUUGCCAAGUCUCGUGUUUAUGGUAGAUUAACUUGCCUGAGC